AUGUCAUCGGGAACGCCAAGUGGCUCGCCGUCUUCCUCGACAAGGAACCAAACGAUACUAGGCGUGACCGCAUCGCCGUCAGCAGGAGUGUCCACAUCCUCGUCUUCAUCUUCGUCACCCGCUCCGGCUCAGCAUGGCGGGAACUUCCAUCACUUUGCUCCGAACGGGACCUCGCUUACCACCCUCAGUCCCCAUUUGCAUGCCCAAGUCGGUGGAGGCAAUGGCGAUCACGCAGGAAAUGCAACGGCUGCUGGAGGGGUGGCUACUACAGAGCAUGACCAUGGGGCUGCAUGGACGCCGCCAGACGUGUCCUAUCGAUACUUCCUUGGGCAUCCGACGUUUCUACAUCUCGGAGCGCUUGUCCUUGCGAUACUAGUCCUCCUUCUAGGUAGGAAAUUUCCUAAGGUAUUCUGCGUCGCUGGAGCGAUCACAACAAGCGUGUGGCUAGGCUUGAUGAUGCAAGACAUGCAAGACCAUGACGAAGUAGCCGAAGAUUCAUGGUGGCUGCCGAUUUUCACAACGUUAUUCACUUUAUGUCGAGCAUAUGAUCGAUCAUCUGAAUCCCAGUACACAAAUAUUGACGAUUACGUCGUUGACGUUGAUUAUUCAGGUGUGCUCAAUCGUAGUUCCAUCGGGAUAGGCUGUAAUAGCUCAAAGUAAUCUUCACGUCGGCUAAAAUUAAAAAGACUGAAACCUGGUGCGAGAGCUGAAAAGGCGAAAUAAUGAGUCAGACGGAAAAUUGAUUUUUUGUUUUUAUGAUCUUCUUCUAAUAGUCGGCACCGUUUUCCUAUUGAUGUUUUUGAGGCAGCCUAGGGCAAGCGUGGGCGUGCUUACCGGACUACUCGCCAUUGUGCAGGUAAUGGCCUUGCUGCGCUUAUGGCAAGUGAAUGUAGAGCAAGAAUUUCUAGACAUAGGUGUCUGGCUUUACGUUGUUAUCGGACUCUUUGUGGGUAUCACCUGCGGGUCGGCGCACUGUGCACCUGGGCCAUUAUUACAAUACGGAACCGUCUCUCUAGCGACUCUUCUCGGAAUAAGCGCCCUCAGCUACUUCAUACAACGAUUGGCAAAUCAUGACGCGAAAGAAAAACUUCGGUACAACAACUUUUCCGAUUUACCGUUGAGAAAAUCACAUUCAAAAUACUAGGUCAUGAAAUAUUACGCUGAUGAUGCGACUACUGACGAACAAUAUUAUCAAUCUAGAAGAUCUUCAACUUCAUGUUCAUUGAUUGUUCACCUCAUCUUCACUCACACUGUCUCGUUCGGCUCAUUUCAUAUACACGACCCAUUACGCACUUCAUCUCUGAAUCAACUUUCUCUAUCUUCGUCCAGUGGUCGUCGCGGUUAUUCCUUGCUUGAGGAGCUAGCCCGGAUAUCGGCACGGGUUCGACUCGGGCAAUGCGAGACGCAUUUCGACAACAGCAAAAUCUUAGAGAGAGAAAAGAGUGCAGACGGUCUCUUAUGGGAAAAAGAGGGCUGUAAGUGCACAGCAGGCUGUGACGCUGAGAUUGUCUUCUGGUUUCUUUCCAUAAUCUUAACAGUCUACAUACAGGCGAAAUAUUUCGCAAAUAUGGACGGACUUGGAGGCAGGACGAACAGGGACCCCCUCAUAGACGAGGACGACGAAGCCCCGCUGGAGCAACGAGAAAGCUCUAGAAGUACGUCGCAAGGAGACAAAGAUCGGCGAGGAGGAAAUAACAUCAAGUCCUCAUAUUCUUCUUAUCGCAAUCGAGAACGACAUCAGCCGCUGCAGGAAGAAACAGAAAUGCCACAAGUCGUGCUGGGAAGGGCGGCGGCUGUGUGA